AUGAAAUUUUUAUUUAAAAGUAAUCGCUUAUUUUCCACACUAUUUAUCAAAAAUAAUUAUAGCACAGCUCCAAAGGCAUGUAACAUAUUACGAGUAAACGAAAAGGAUUAUCCUACAGAUGAUUUCACAAAUAUUACACCAAAAAUAAUAUCGUACUUAAACCGCAAUUUACAUUUGAAAAAAGAUAACCCUCUAUCGUUAGUGCGUCAGCGAAUCGUGAAUUAUUUUUAUUCAUCAUUUACCCACGGAGGUAAUCCAACUUUCAGUGUUUAUGAUAAUUUAUCUCCCAUCGUUACUGUCCAGCAGAACUUUGAUGACUUAUUGAUACCAGAAGACCAUCCAAGCCGAGCUAAGUCAGAUUGUUAUUAUAUAAACAAUUCAACAUUACUCAGAGCGCAUAUGACAGCACACCAAAGUGAAUUACUUAGAGCAGGACUGGAUAACUUUUUGAUGAUUGGAGAUGUGUAUAGAAGAGAUGAAAUUGACUCCACACACUUUCCUGUGUUUCAUCAAGUAGAUGCAGUAAGAUCACAGCGGAAAGAGCAACUAUUUGAAAAGCACCCAGAUUUGCAUAUAUUUGAACCAUCUUUUGACUCAAAAAACCCACAUGCAUAUACAAAUUCAAUAUCUGAUCCUACAAAACAAAGCUGUCAUACUUUAGAAGCUACAAAACUAAUGGAGGCUCAGUUGAAAAGUCAUCUCAUAGGAUUGGUUGAAGCUUUAUUUGGAGAAAACAUUAAACAUAGAUGGGUGGAAGCAUACUUUCCUUUCACACAUCCCUCAUGGGAACUAGAAAUAUAUUAUGAGAAUGAUUGGAUGGAAGUUUUAGGCUGUGGAAUUGUGCGGAAUGAAAUUCUUGCAAAUGCUGGGCCUAAUAAUAGUAUAGCUUAUGCAUUCGGUUUAGGUUUGGAGAGACUAGCAAUGGCUUUGUACAAGAUCCCAGAUAUAAGGCUAAUGUGGAGUACUGAUUCUGGUUUUUUAACACAAUUUAAGAACAAGGAUGUAAAUGCAAAAAUCACUUACAAGCCAGUCUCUAUAUAUCCACAGUGUAUAAAUGAUUUGUCAUUUUGGUUACCACCUACUUUAACUGCUGAUACAUUUAUGAAUAAUGAUUUUUAUGAUUUAGUUAGAGACAUUGGUGACGAUAUCAUUGAACAGGUUAAACUAAAAGAUAAGUUUAUUCAUCCAAAGACAAAAAAGCACAGCCUUUGCUACAGUAUAGUGUACAGGCAUUUAGAGAGAACUCUUACACAAGUGGAGGUCAAUAAGGUUCACAAGGAAAUUGAAGAAGCGGCAGCAAAAACGUUUAAUGUUGUUAUUAGA